AUCGAGCUUUGCUAACUAUCAUCUCUUUCAAGGACCAUCCGAAUCGUCUGUCGAAGCACCAUACGAGCUAUUCCCUACGACUGCCCUCAUUAUGCCUGCCAUUGGUGGUCCACCGCCGCCGGCGCCAUGGCCCGUGAAAGAUAUCAUAUACGUGGCUAUAGUCGGUCCGGUCAUGCUGGCAGCGUUGUUUGAAUGGGUGCUUUGGCUUGUUGCAUUCUUGUUCUGUCUUGUCAAGGUCUACACGAAAGCAGACCAUUGGUCUGUAAGAUUCCUCGCCGUGGUCAUCAUGAUUUUCUUCACGUUGUUGAGAGCUAUCUUCCUCCCGAUUAUGAUUGUCACUCUUCCUCUGCCAGCACAAAUUACCCGGUACUUUCCAGUUCGGGGAGUUACUAUCCUGCAAUGGUUUGCGUUUUGGUCAUUCGCCGGGCUACUUAUACUGCCGUUCCUCCUUUGCGUCCAUCGGCUCGUCACAAACUCGCUUGGAAGGGCAAAGAGGAUAAAGCAGGUUCUUGACGACCGUACUGCUCCGAAGACAGUUAUCGUGAUGCCAGUG